UUUUUAAGUCUUUAUUUGUUUGUUUAUCUAUCUAUAACAUAUCUGUUCUAUUGUCUGCUUAGGUGUCAGCUCAAAAAACUUGGCACAUGGAAACUCCCCAUGGAGAUUCAACUUUUCAGACAUUCAUGGCACUCAAAACAGCCACACAACCUCAGCUUCCAGCGCCAUGGCUUAUGUUUGACCCGCUCCAAAUGAUACCCAACAAAUCUCGCAAUAUUGUCAAGAGGACCCUCAAAGACAAGCAUAUUUCUAAAUCAAAACUUGCCCAUAUGUUUGUGCAAAUUGUUGAGUGGAUAAGAACAGUGUCCAUGGAUGUGGUCCUUCCGGCUCUAGUUCUCUGUCUGCGAGAAGAGGAGAGCAUGAUUUUGGAAGCUAAAACGAGAGCUGAAGAGUGGGAGAAACUGAACAUUAAUGUGCCCUAUAGUAACUGCGCUCACUGUGUCGGCCCUAUCGCUUCCACUGACAGGACGAGCUAUGGUGCUCACAUCUCAGGUGUUGAGAGUGAAGAGGCGGGCAUCAUUGGCAUGACUGUUUUUGCACAAGUGAUGGAUUUCUUACACUGCAAAUAUCUAUUAAACAUGUCUGAAAGGCGCUUUCUGGAAACUCUUGAGCCAUCAGACAGCUUAAAAUCUUUAGACUGCUGCCUCAAGCAAGAGUUAAUCCAUAUGUUUAAUAAAGAUCUCAUCAACUGCGUUUACCAGGAGCUCUUGACUAAUGACGUGGGCAAGACAUUCCCUGUCGAUUACUUGUGCUUGGAGCUUUUGCGUCAAAUGUUCACUGAAAUACCUGCGCGCUGGGAAUUCUACAUGGACGUGCUUAAAUACUUCUGUCGGCGGGCAGCAGAGAACCACCUGAAGUUGUUCUUGAAAUUGCCACGCACACCACAUGAAGAUCGCGUGGAGGAGAACUGGCACUCUGUUGGCCCCAGGACCAUGACAAAAGCGGAGAGAAGAACUCUGGACAUCCUCAGCAAAACAGUGACUGAUAUGAUAAUGAAUAUCGUGGAUCAAGCCACUGAAAAUCCUCUGCGGGCUGCUGAGAUAGUCAGGCAAGUUGGUCCGAAGGUUCUUGAAAGCACCAGUUCAGUAUGUCAGUUUAAUGUUUAUGAGCGUGCCGUGCGCUGUUGUGAAGUCCUUCUCUUCUUUGGAUAUUUCGCAUCAAAGACCAUCAUCGCCAUCUACUGGUUCUUUUGUGGAACCGCGUUGAGAAGCAACGCAUUAGUCGUCAUAGCAACCUAA